CAUCAAAAAUCAGUCUGGUCUGCAGACUUGCAGCUUGUGUCGAGCUUGUGUGCAUGCUGUGAGCAGUUGAGCUAUGUCCGACUCACAACAGGGAUCCAGGACCCCUGAACCAGUGAAGCCUGGAGAAAUUUCUCUGUUGAUCGAUCACUCUAGAUUUAGUGGACGUGGACGGGGCAGAGCAAGAGGUCGGAUUGCAGCUUUGCAAGAAGCUCCUUCUGUUGGGAAACAAGAACAUUCUCCUCAGCAGAAACUGAACCAGAGACAUGAAAAAGACAGCAGUAAACUCAAUGAUGACCUAGGACAAUAUGCUGACUUCGUUCUCAUCGAACAUGAAGAGGGUAAUACGAGCUUUGGUGCAUCAGCAGAUCCACGUGGUCGAGGAGCAAGAAGAAGCCGUUCUAUAACUGCUUCAACAACAACACCAAGGAGAAACUUCGCUGCUGGAAGCCCCUCUUCGCCUGUGUACAAUGCCACUCAGAGCUCAAGCUCUGCACCGCUUAUUGACCAAGAAAGCUGGAACCCCUCAUUUGCUCCCAAUACAUUGCAGAGUGACAGUUGGGGAGUCACUCCUCCAAGACCUUACCAUGCUGGAACACACACCUCAAAUCCAGGGAGAAAUUCUGCCGCAGGAAGCCCACCUGUGUCUGUGUACAAAAGCCCAGGCUCUGUAUCGCUUAUUGACCAGGAAGGCUGGAACCCCUCAACUGCUCCCAAUACAUCGCAGCUAGCUGGAACACAUGCGGCCUCAAAUCCAGAGGUCAUAAUACAAGUAUCUGGGCUGAUAGAUAAAGUUGACGAAAUAGAGCUUAAAGUUUACUUUGAUGAUAAAGAAUCUGGUGGUGAACCAAAUGCAGUUAAAAACUGUAUACUCACCCCACCAGGAUAUGCAUAUGUCACCUUUCAAAGACAUGUUGCUGAUCGGGUCCUAUCAAAACAACAUGAACUCUCCGGGACAAGACUGUACUUAAAGCCAGUUCAGGCAGUUCCAGAAGCAGAAGAUGAGGCUGUAACAAUUUUACUAAAACAUAUUCCUCAAGGAUUUGACAAACUUGCCAUAGAGCUAUGUGUCGAAGGUAUCCAAGGGGUAUUGAUUACUGAAGUGAAAAACGGCAGCAGCACAAUAUACUUUCCCCCACUUCCAACUGAAGAACUUAAGAAGGCAAUGAACAGACUUGAGCUUUUGAGCAAGCGCAAGAACAUUGUUAUCGUAAGAUGCCAUGCAAAGACCACACUGUACAUUAGGAGCAUCACGAAGAAGAGGGACAAGACCUUUUUAAAGAGGUACUUUUCAAACAAGAAUCAUUCAGGAGGAGGUGACAUAAUUGGUGAUCCUGUUCUCUUAAACGAUGGGAAAGAAGCAAUAGUGAAUUUCAAGCAACCAGAAGUGUUACAAAGGAUCUUGUCACAUAACCAUGACACAAUAUUUGGGAAUGGUGUUCAGUUAUCUGUUGAAGAACCACAGCAAGAGAAAACUGCUGAUUCAGAACCAGAAGAAUUUAACUCUGUCCAUGUUCCCAUUAAGCCACAAAUAGCCGACGCUAUAUUUCAUUGCCCAACUAAACUUAGGAGUUUUGGGGACAGCCUUAAUGUUGCUUACACAAUAGAGCGCGAUCACAUCCUUUUCACUUCGUCUGAGAGGUCAUGUUCUGAUUGGCAGAAAAAGUGUGAAGAUUUUCUGAAUGAGACAUAUAGUGUAUGUGAAAUACACGUGCCAGAAGAAUUGAGCAAAGAAAUUCGUACACAGUUUGCAAGUUUCAAGCAGCAUGCCUUUAAAUCCGAGUUAAUCAACGAAACGGAUAAAAGUACCUGCUAUGUUCUAGCCGGAGAAACAGAGGUUUUGCAAGCCAUUUGUGACAACAGAAGUAAAAUGGAAUCACACAUCGAAGAUUCAUUAAAGCUGGAAAGUGAACACAUAGACUUCAUAUCGGAAUUUAAACUGGAAUUACUAAAGGAAACGUAUCCUUCAGUACAAAUUACUGCGGAUGCAAGUAAACAAUUGCUUACAUUUAAAGGGCCUUCCAUUUAUGUUGAAAAGCUAAAGCAAACUUUAUGCAGUCUCACACAGAAGCUCGAAGUGAUUCCUGUAGAGCUCGAUCAUGAGCUUGCCAACUAUUUUGCAACAAGUUUAAAUGAGGGGCAAAAGCAGAUGAGAAGUUUCAUAAAGUCGAGGAAGUGUCCAUUGGCAGUUUCUUAUCGUGCUCAGCCAACUGAAAAAGGAGCUCAAGAAGCCACACUUAGCCUACUGCUUGUGUGUGAAUCUAGUCAACUCUUAUGGGCUAAAAACGUGCAAGAAUCUCUAGAAAAAGAAGCGAGGUUUAAACAUGUAACAGUUCCUAAAUCCCUUGCCUCUGAAAUAGAUGGAAUGAAAGACUUUAAAGCCCUUGUCUCACAGCUGAAAAAGGAUCAUGAUGUAAGAAUUAUAUAUAAUGAACUCGAUGAAAUAAUUAAUGUGUUUGGAUUUGGCGAGAGUGUUAGUGACAGUUCUAUUCGUAUAGAAGAAUUCAUCCAGCUCAAGAGGUCAUCAGCUACUCCACUCUCAUUUCCAAUUACCCAAUUUCUGUCCAAAGCUUUAAAAAAGAAGAAACACAUUCUAGAGCAGGUUUUAGCUGACUGCAACCCUAACCUGUCAUGCUCAUUUUCAGAACCAGACGAAACUGAAAUACUAGUGACUCCGAACAAAUUCAUUAAAGAUGUCGAAUGGAGAUCUCAAUGUAAAGCUGCUUUGAAUAAGUAUGUCAAUAAGUUUACAACGAUGGAAGUAUCAUUUGUACGUGAUGCGAAGCAAGAUAUAUUCGAUUACUUAGAGGGAAAGGAGCAGUCUUCACAACUUCCCUUUGCAUUUGAUUUGCAGGAAGCAGACACACUGGUGGAUAUAUGUGGGGAAAUUAAUCUUGUUACUGAAGUUACUGAGCAAUUGAGUACAAUUUCUAGCUCAUUUGUCAUAGACUCUACGCAGCUGUCAUUGUCUCCGGCACAGCAUGCAUACAUUGCACAGGUGAACUUAGAAAAUAUUACGGCUAACCAUCCUGAGUUGAGCAUCUCGCUUCCAAUCGACUCUCAGACUUUGCAUGUAACAGGUCCUAAAGCGAAAUUAAGUAAUUUUGAGAAACACUUUGCUACCUACAAAUUUUCUUCAAUAACUGUCUCAACAGAUCCUUUGCUAGUUGAUUUUUUGUCUGAUGAAGGCUCUGGCAGAAUAUUUUUGGCUAGCUUUCUUGACGAGAAAAAAACUGUAGCAGUGGCUGUUUUUCGGUCAAGUGCCAUACAAUUAGAUUUCCUCUACGAUGGUGCUAGAUCUACAUGUGAAAAUGUAACAGAAAUUGUCAAAGAGUUGCAAUCAAUACUAAAGGUUGGAAAAAUUUGUAUUCCGGAAUCCCUUAAGAAACCUAAAAAGGACUCCGAGACAAAAUCUAAGAUUUUUAAUCUGUAUAAAAAGCUUGAAAUGGAGUACAAUGUAGUGUGCUCCUACGGAAAUACAGAAAUUAUGUUUGGUGGGUUAUUAGAAAAUGUAAAUCAAGCUGUCGAAAAAAUGUCUAGCUUCAUUAAAGAUGAAUGUACAAUUACGAAAGAUUUGCAACUAACUAGCCCCCAAUGGAAAUUAAUCCAAAGAGAUGACCGGUGGAUUCAAGAUAUUAAGGAAUGGAUUUUUGAAGUAAAUCCUUUAGAGAACGAAUCAAAGAUACGUCAGGUGAUAGUUAAGUUGAAAGGUGAAGAGUUUGCAGUGGUCGAAGCCUAUAAGAAGUUGCUGGAAAUAAAAGAAUCUCUCAAGAUGAAUUUCAUUGAAGUUCGUGCUCCUGGAGCUUGCAAAUAUUUUCUCAGUGAAUCAACGAAGACCACUAUUCUCCCAGGUGUUGAAAGUACCUACAGUGUCUGUAUUGAGACAGUUGUCGUUGAAAAAGCCGAAUCGGAAGUAUUUAUCAAGAGUAUUGACAACUCUCCAAGUGCUAAAGAGUACUGUCGAGUUACUACUAAGUUUGAAAAGACCAACACAAUUGUAACAUUCAAAGUGUACAUUGGAGAUCUCACUGAAUUUAAAGCCGAUGUUCUAGUCAACCCAGCUAAUGAUCAGUUACGUCAUUCUGGAGGGCUUGCUGCUGCAAUUGUCAAGAAAGGCGGCAAAGAAAUACAAGAUGAUUGUGACCAAUUUAUGCAGAACUCAUUAUUUGGUAUGGAAGACGGUGACGUACACAUCUCACAAGUUGUUGGAAAGCUACCUUGCAAGGCAAUUGUACAUGCUAUUGGGCCGAGGUACCAACUCCAAUCCAAGGAUCAUGCUUACGAGAAGUCACGCCUUAGUCGUGCAGUGAUUAACACUCUAGCUAAAGCAAAAAGGUUCUCCUCUAUCGCCUUCCCUGCAAUUAGCUCUGGAAUAUUUAAAUAUCCACUCAAUGAAUGUGCCCUUGUUCACAUCGAAGCGUCAAUGACUUAUUUCACAACAGCAGCAACUUCAAUAACCGAAGUGUCAUUUAUUGUCAUCGAUCAAACUCAUGCCAUUGCAUUCCACAAAGCUCUCUCCAAUUGUUUUCCGGGAAGUGUUAUCACAUUGGAUAUCGAAUCUAGCAUGUUUUUAAUCCCUGUACAAAGCAUUCGCUCUAGUUCUCUUGGCCUAGCUGCUAGAUCUAGUACUAGUGGUGGUGCAGCAAAAAAAAAAUCGAUGACUUCAAGUGUGCCACAGCUACACCAUGGAGAUCUUUUUUCAACUAAGGUUGUUAUUGAUGUGUAUGUGUGUACUGCCAACUCCAAAUUGGAUCUCUCUCGAGGCGUGAUUGCACAACAUAUGUCUAAACUUGCUGGCCCAGAUCUCCAAAAGGAAUGCAAUGAAAAAGGACGCGCAAACACCGGAGAUGUGAUUGUAACUGGCCCUGGAAACCUGGACUGCCAGCAUGUUUUUCAUGCUGUUGCACCUAACUGCUCUGCUGAUAAAGACGGAAAGAUUCUUCGAGACUUAAUCCGAAAAUGCUUUCAACAGUGUGAAAAGCAUCAAGUGAAUUCCAUUGCAUUUCCAGCAAUAGGACCUGGUGGUCUUGGUUACCCCAUACAGCUUGUUGCUGGUAUUAUGAUCACAGAGUCUUGCUUGUACUUAGCGAAGACCAAGAAUGCACAGUUUACCAUUCACCUUAUCAUUUUUGAUGCAAGUCAACAUAAGAUAUUCAAAUCUGAAUUAGAGAAUGUGCAGCUGCAGAGCACUAAAAAGAAAAAGAGCAAAUUGUUCGACACCUCCUCUCCAAAAUUGGCUGUAGCUGCUGCUAACUCACCAGUAACUUCAGAUUUUCACGUUCAAGGAAUUCAAGUGUCAGUUGUUAAAGGAGAUAUCACGAAAGAUUCAAGUGAUGCCAUUGUCAACACAACUAGCUCAGGAAUCAAUUUAGGUAAUAGUGGUGAAGUGUCAAAGAUUCUUCUCAAAAUUGCUGGACCCAAACUCCAAGAUUUAUGUACAGAUGCUGUAAAAAAAGAAGGCCAGCUCACUGAAGGAAAAGUUAUCGCAACAAAAGCAUUGAAUCCACUCAAAUGUAAAUCCAUUUUACAUAUUUACUUCAGCAGCAAUGAUCCUGGACUGUACAGCAAAACAAUUAAGUCAUGCCUUGAUAAAGCAGAACAACUUCAAUAUAAGACGAUUGCAUUGCCGGUCAUAGGAACUGGAGCUCAAAACUACCCUACAACGGAUGCAGCCAAAGGAACGUAUGAAGGGAUCAAUCAGUUCGGUCUUUCUAACCCUAAAUACUUGAAGCAAGUUCGAAUUGUUAUUUUCAACGAAGGAAUUUACGAUACAUUCUUAACAUCAAUUCAGCCAGAUACUGUACUUGUACUAUCACCGUCCGCUUCAGAGCUACAUGGUGAAGCUUCUGCAUUGUCCGAUGAUGAUAUGUCACCACUUGAAUUUGAAAGCAACAGUGAUGAUGAGCUAACGAGUAGAAGGAGCCCAUCUGCAUUGAAUUAUUGGUCGUCGUCUAGGGAAAUAUCAUCAAGUAUUGAUGAAGAUGAUCUAUCGCAUUCAGGAGCGGAUCAUGAGACACCACAGGAAGGGCUCAAUAUUAUUAUUUGUGGAUUUGAUGAGAGUAGAGUUAGUGGUGCGGUUGCAAGGUUAAGGAAACUGAUGCGAGAAAAUUUCGACAAAGAAGAGAUUAAUAAUGAGAGUAUUAGAGCUCUCAACAAUGUUGAAUGUAAAGAAAUUGGUAAAGAGUGCCUAAAUGCGGGUGUCGAGUGUAGGAUUGAACGUGAUAUUGGCCGUAUUCGGCUAACUGGAAAUGUACACGAUAUCACCAAAAUUCGCGGCAAAGUUAACGAUAUUAUCUAUAAAGUCAUGUCUCGUAAAUCAGAUGAACGUGGCAAACAAUUUCAGCAACAACUUCAGCAUCAAUUUGAAGUUGAAAGCCUUUACAUCACUGUUCAAUGGCAAUACAAGAAACAGGGAACCAUGAAUUUUGUCAAUUAUGACAAGGAAUUCAGCUAUGAAAUUGAACAAGCAUAUCUAGCAUUCAAGAAACAAACUCAUAAGGAUAUGCAUAUAUUUCAUUAUCAAAAAGAACCAAUUAAUUUUACAAUAGACUUCCUGAAGCAUGAAGAGGAAGACCACAAAACCAAGCAACACAAUCGUGUGCGAAGGUUCACCACGAAAGAAGUUGGCACAAGACCAGACACAUGGGAUGAAAUGCCUAUUCAUAAGUCCGUUCAUUGUGUUGACCUCAAGCCUGAUAGCAUUGAAUACAAAGAAGUGCUGGUCGUCUUUAACCAGACUGUAUCCAAAUCCGAAAUCAUCACAAUACAACGUGUACAAAACCCAAGGUUGUAUUGCUUGUACCGUCAAGCCAAAGAAGCAAUGGAUAAAGCCAAUCCACCCAACCACCCUAAUGAACGUCAACUAUUCCAUGGUACAGAUGCUGAUAGUGCAGUUAAAAUUAAUGCCAACGGAUUCAAUCGAAGCUAUGCUGGAAGACAUGCUAUAGCAUAUGGAAAUGGAACGUACUUUGCCCGAGAUGCCUCAUACUCAGCUAGCCCAACGUACUCCAAGCCUGACCAAAAUGGACACAAGUACAUGUACUUGGCCAAAGUCCUUACUGGUGAGUACACCGUGGGAAAGAGUAGCAUGGUGGUGCCUCCACCAAAAGACCCAACGAAAGAUCAAAAUGUGCUCUUUGACUCUUUGGUCAAUAGCACCUCUGCCCCAACUAUUUUUGUUGUUGUACCAGAUGUUCAGUCGUAUCCUGAGUACUUAAUUACUUUCAAGUGAGUACAGUAGCUAAUUUUCUAAAGAACAAUUAACAAUUUCAAUAGUUAGCAUGCAGUAUAAUUUAGAAGCUCGCAUUAAUAACUUAUCGAUGUUUAUAGUUUUCCCCUACCCGAUUGUUAUUCGGCAAUUUUGAAUAUUAUAAUUAUAUUUUGUUGUGCUGAUUUGUGUUGUGUGUGUUCUAAUUAUUAUUUUGGACACCAG